AUGGAAGCCCUCGAGGCGUGUCUUCUGGAGGGAAAUAUCCACAUGAGUGAUCAGUGCGCGCAACAUCUAGCCGAAUUCGUCAUAGUGCCAGCUCCACCUCCUCGUGAUUUUGUCAAACCAACUGUGUACACCCAUAUAUCCCACGCCCCUCUCCAGAGACUCUCGUUUGUCGUUACGGUGGAGAACACACAUCGCAUAACCAAAAUCCCAGUCUCUUUUGACUAUGUCACUCUACCAGCACUCGAGCGUUUCGGUAUUCUAGUGGACGAUGACUACAAUAUUGGACCAGGAUCUUUUGAAGCCAUCGAGUACUCCCGUCUGACUGAUCUCCUUUGUCGGUCUCGGUGGAAUCUGAUCAGUAUCACCUUGUCCAUACCCGUCCCCGUUGAGGCGUUCCUUGUUCCCAUCCUUGCGCAAUCCCCCGCCAUCCAAAAACUCGACAUCUUCAUCAAUACAUCACUAGUAAAGGACAUCCUCAGAGCGUUGACCUUUGAGCAAGGGGUGGCCUAA